AUGGUACACGCUCCUAUCUAUGUUUAUCCGCACAAGAGUGCCCUUAUUCUAGAGCAGUAUCGAAGUAGAAUAGAGCGUAGAGUGAAGUCUGGUAUAAGCUUCAAUCGAUCGUUAGAAGUUGAGCAACCAACAACUGUGUCAACACCUGAUAUGAAUUCCCGACACAACACCAGUUUAUCCAACGGAAAUUCGGCAAUACCCUUGGCUCGUCUGUUUAAUUCAUCCCGAUCUGGAGAGGACAGCAUGACGAAUGUGUCCCAGUCACAUUCACAUUCGCAUUCUCAGUCCAGUUUCACUGACCCUGCGCUCGAUGCUGGUGUCGGAUCACCAGUUGGUAUUAGAGCCUCACAUGAAGGAUGCACCAACUAUGAGGAAUGGAUCGAUGGCCGAGUAGAUGGUGGACCUCCUGGCCCGGUAUCCCUUUCGCGAACACUUUCCCGAACGACUCCUGGCGUGCAGUCGUUCACAGCGCCAUCGACACCAGCUAGUUCCGUGUCCUACAAAGGUGGACGGUCGACCUUCUAUCAGCAACGUAUCGGUAUAGGUUUCGGCUUUUUGGGCAGACCAACAGAAAGACGAUUCUUUUGGAAAGGUGCCGUUAUUGAGGAGUAG